AUGAGUGGGGAUUGGGUGGGAGCCGAUGCAUGUGUAGGGGUGUGGGCCCUGCAAUCUUCAACAGUAACAGAAUGGGGAAAUAUAAGUUUAUGCGAUGCGGAGAAGCGGCUUCUGGCAAAUGCGCUGCUUGACCUUUCCAACGAAUGGUUUAUUCUUCUUUCCGAGACAUGCAUACCUCUCUACAACUUCAGCAUAAUCUACACUUACCUGAAGGGAUCAAACCACAGCUUUGUGGAGUCUUUUGACGACCCCAGCCCUCAUGCAAGAGGGAGAUACAAUCCAGAAAUGGCACCACUCAUUGAUAUAAGCCAGUGGCGCAAAGGUUCUCAGUGGUUCGAAGUCGAUCGUACCGUCGCAACUCAUAUGGUGCAAGACACAAUGUACUACUUGGCAUUCAAGGUAUUCUGCAAGCCACCAUGCUAUGUGGACGAGCAUUACUUCCCCACCUUGCUUCAUAUCAAAACGUCAAGUCUGAUUGCAAAUAGGACCAUCACUCUUACAGAUUGGUCAAGGGGUGGUUCUCACCCUGCCACAUUUGGAGAGGCUGACAUAUCUGAAGAAUUCUUCAAGAGAAUUCUUGAUGGUCAGGAUUGUUUGUACAACGGUCAGAAUUCUUCUAUUUGUGUUCUCUUUGCUAGGAAAUUUGCUCCUAGCGCACUGCAGCCUUUGCUGCACUUAGCUUCCACUGUACUUGGAUUUACUUAAUAAAGUUUGAAUUCUAAAUCAGUUUAUUUAUCAUGAAUACAUGUAUUUGUCUUCUGCAUAGCAUUGGUUACAGGUGCAGCUUGUGACUUGCUAAGGAAAACUGUUUUUAUUUGCAUU